ACCUGUGUGAAUUGAUUUAACGUCAUUUUAUUGCUUUUUAACGUUUUCCUCUCUCCUUCCAGCACUGCCGCCUCCCUUUUUGGGCUGCAGCUCGCCGCAUCUGCGGUGUUUUUACAGGAAAAGCGGCGCCCGCGCUUCCCCCGGGAGCCGCUCCGGGAUGGGGGCCCCGCGGGGCCGGAGGUGCUGAACGAACAGCUCCGCUCACCUGCGCGCGGGAUCGCCGCGGGGUGCGGGCGUCGUCCCACCCGCCCCCCACCAACCCCGUUAUCCCCGGAGCCGUUUUUCACAUCCCGAAUUUUCACCUUUCCCCCCCCAUUUCCCCUCCUUCCCUCCCCGCCUUGGCCCCACCCCACGUGACCCCCGCCGGCCAAUGGGCGCGCGGGGCGGCGGGGAUCCGGCUGGAACCGGUUGGGCCGCGUCCGGCUCUAUAUAAAACUUUAUAAACACCCGAUUCCAAUUAGUGGGGUCGGGACCAGCGCAGCCCGCCGGGUGCAGCCCCGCCGCACCGCUCCGCCGCACCGCUGCCCGCAGCGCGCCCGGCUCCCGCACCCCCGCCUCCCUCCGCCGCUCCCUCCGCCCCCUCACGCCGCCCGGCGCGCUCCGCUCUCCCCCACACACACACACGCACUCACUCACACUCGCACACACGCGCGGAGCCAUGCCGAAGAGAAAGGUACGUGCAGCUGCCGCCCCCCGCCCCCGCCGGCCUCUCCCCCCUCACGGUGUCCGCUCCCCCCUCACGGAGCCGCCUGCGGGAGGGGGGGCGGGACUACGCGCUCCCCCCCCCGCGUUCGGGGCGGUAACGGAGGAGCGAGGCCUCACCGGGGGUGGGGGCGGCGCGGGGCCCGUUACCGGCGAGGGCCGCGGUGCGGGAGGGGCCGGCGCUGCCCGCCGGUCCGGACCGGCUGAAGGAGAGACCAAGGGCGAUAAGGCCAAAGUUAAGGAUGAGCCGCAGCGGAGAUCAGCGAGGUUAUCUGCUAAGCCUGCUCCUCCCAAGCCAGAGCCCAAACCUAAAAAAGCAGCUCCAAAGAAGAGCGAGAAGGUGCCCAAGGGGAAGAAAGGAAAAGCUGAUGCUGGCAAGGAGGGAAACAACCCUGCAGAAAAUGGAGAUGCCAAAACAGACCAGGCACAGAAAGCUGAAGGUGCUGGUGAAGCCAAGUAAAACGUGUGAAUUUUUGAUAACUGUGUACUUCUGGUGACUGUACAGUUUGAAAUACUAUUUUUUAUCAAGUUUUAUAACAAUGCAGAAUUUUGGUUUACUUUUUUUUAAGCUAUGUUGUUAGCACACAGACCGCUUCAUUGUUGUGUUCUGGGGGGGUGGGGGGCAAUGGGGACAAAUGUCAUUUAGUCUAUUUCUCAAAACCUAAAUUUUAAUAAGAAAAGCUUUUGCCAGUCCCCCAGUUUUUGGAAGAAGGGCCCUUCCUGCAGGGAGGAAGAAGGGAUUCCCCCGUGCUGCCUGUCAGUCCUGCCCAGGUGAACAUCAAAGCUCCCAAGAUGCUGUUGCCUGCUCCAAAUCCCAGUGCCACCAGUUGUCCUUUGGUGUCCCCUGCUCACCCAGUCCCUCCCAACCACAGCAGAACUGCCCUUCUGGGACAUCCCAGUGUCAGAUGACCCGGAUUUCUGGUGGCCAGUCUGGGAUGUACUGGCUCAAAAAGGAGCUGCACUUCCUCUUUUCCGUUGUGGACCCUCAGAUACAGAAAUCUGCCUCUCGAGUUUGUUUUGCUCUCAAAGUCAGGGUGGGUUUGUGCAGAGUUGUCAGACAACGCGCGGAUGCGAGCGUGUCCACCCUCACUCUAAACUUUGCCCUCUGCAGGUGCAAGCUGAAGAUUCUUACGGUUUUUAGCAACUUCUCCAUGUCAGUAGUCCACAAAGGGAGGGGAGUUUGACACUUGUUGUAAAAUGUUGCGGAUUGUAGCCCAUGUCCUGCCUAAAUGACCAUGAUUGUUCAUGAAAAGUACCUUUAAUAAAGCUGGAUACGGUUUGGCUUGGA